AGACAGAGACAGAGAGAUUGCUUAAGAAUCCACUGCAUGAAACAAAGUGUCCCAUCAACAAAAAAAAAAUGAAUAAAUAAACAAAGGAAGAAAGAAAGAACAGAAAUGAGACGUCUAUAGGCCUAAAACUAGCAUCAGUUUUAGGCCUGUAGAGAGAGCGCACAGUGAAAGACACUAAUAAUUUUUUUCAUUCUUUUCUCAAGAAACUAAACACAUAGCCUGCAUCACCACACCACCUCUCUCUUUUGCCGGUGGUUUCAACUUGCAGGCCAGAGGGGAAGGCUGCUUGAAUCUUUGCUUAUUUUUUUGGAUAAUCAAGUGAAUCUCAUUUUCUGAGUUAUAGACUGUUAUAUAGAUAUAUCAUAUAUCUUCGAUAAGAAAUGCAUGGUCUUAAGCUAGUAGAGAGAUUCAAGAGCACCCAAGUUCAUGCUCUUAGUCCCUCAGACACUACCACUGGUGGUAAAAGUAGCAGAGGAAAAUUUAUCAACCAUAAAAUCAAAUCCUUUUCAAAGUCCAAACCUUCCAACUGGGUCUCAGUAUCUGAGUCAACUCAUCUUCCUUAUGGACUCCCUACAACUGACCUUCUUCAACCCUUCAUAGACCCCCACCUCAAACCCGUUGACUUUGUAGGGACUUUAGCUGACCUUUAUCGCCGCCUUCAAACUUGCUCUGCCCAAUCCAAUGAUAAGUCAAUGCUAUGCAUUAAGCAGUACUCACUGUUGCGCAGCCUUGGUGAUCCCAAGCUGCUCCGGCAGUGUCUCCGUGCUGCGCGUCAAAACGCUGGUGAUGUGCACUCAAAGGUUGUGCUUUCAGCAUGGUUGAGGAUUGAGAGGAGGGAGGAUGAGCUUGUGGGUGUAUCAGCUAUGGAUUGUAGUGGUCACAUUCUUGAUUGUCCUAAGGCUGCUUUAGUAUCUGGGUAUGCUUUUAAUUCAAUUCAUGAUAACUGCCAAUGUCUGAAGGACCACUCUGAGGUUAUUGAUACGUCAAUAUUUAUAGGGAAUGAGUGUUUGGGUUUGAAUGAGAAUAGUGAUGUUUCAUUUUGUAUUGGUAAUGAGGAAAUUAAAUGUGUCCGGUAUAGAAUUGCAGCAUUGUCAAGAGUACUUAAUGUUAUGCUAUUUGGUAGUUUCUUGGAGUCAAAAAUGGAUAGAAUUGAUUUCUCACAAAUUGGGAUAUCUGUAAAGGGAAUGAGAGCUGCGGAAGUGUAUAGUAGAACUAGAAGGUUGGACUUUUUCAGUCCUGAGAUUGUUUUGGAGCUACUUUCUUUUGCAAAUAGGUUCUGUUGCGAGGAGAUGAAGUCUGCUUGUGAUGCCCAUUUAGCUUCACUGGUUGGUAAUUUGGAGGAUGCAUUGGUUCUUAUUGAGUUUGGUUUGGAAGAGACAGCGAAUCUUGUUGUGGCAUCUUGCUUGCAGGUAAUGCUAAGAGAGCUCCCGAGUUCACUUUAUAAUUGGAAGGUGAUGAAAUUUUUUUGUGGCUCUGAGGCUAGGGAGAGAUUGGCCAGGGUCGGGCAUGCUUCGUUCUUGCUGUAUUAUUUCCUAAGCCAGGUUGCAAUGGAGGAAAGCAUGGUAUCUAAUAUAACAGUGAUAUUACUGGAGAGAUUGAAAGAAUGUGCAACAGAGAGGUGGCAGAAGGCGCUUGUAUCACAUCAAUUAGGUUGUGUAUUGCUUGAGAGAAAAGAGUAUAAGGAUGCUCAGCGUUGUUUUGAGGCAGCUGCUAUAGCAGGUCAUGUUUAUUCUACGGCUGGUGUAGCAAGAGCAAAACACAAGCAAGGACAACAGUAUUCGGCCUACAAGAUGAUGAGCUCUCUCAUCUCUGAAAAUAAACCAGUUGGGUGGAUGUACCAGGAGCGGUCUUUUUAUAACGUUGGGAGGGAAAAGAUCUUGGACUUGAAAACUGCAACUGAAUUGGAUCCUACUCUUUUGUUUCCAUAUAAAUACAGAGCUGUAGCAAAGGUGGAGGAGAAGCAGAUUAGGGAAGCCAUUUUGGAGAUUGACAAAAUUAUAGGGUUUAAGCUUUCACCUGAUUGCCUUGAAUUGCGGGCUUGGUUCUUCCUUGUAGUUGAGGAUUAUGAAAGUGCUCUUAGAGAUAUUCGAGUACUUUUAACUUUAGAACCCAAUUACAUGAUGUUUCAUGGGAAGGUCACUGGGGAUUACUUGAUUGGGCUCCUCAGCCAUCGGGUUCAGCAAUGGAAUCAAGCUGAUUGCUGGAUGCAACUCUAUCAGCGAUGGUCUUGUAUAGAUGAUGUUGGCUCUCUGGCUAUCAUACAUCAGAUGCUGGCAAAUGACCCUGGAAAGAGUCUCCUCCGGUUUCGGCAAUCUCUGCUUCUUUUGCGGCUAAAUUGUCAAAAGGCUGCAAUGCGCAGUUUGCGAUUGGCUAGAAAUCAUUCUAUCUCUGAGCAUGAAAUUCUAGUAUAUGAAGGAUGGAUUUUGUAUGACACUGGUCACCGUGAAGAAGCUCUCUCUAGGGCAGAGAAGUCCAUUUUACUUCAGAGGUCAUUUGAAGCUUUUUUCCUUAAAGCAUUCAUAUUGGCAGAUAAAAGUCUGGAUCCUGAAUCUUCAAGUUAUGUAGUCCAAAUUCUGAAGGAAGCUCUUAAAUGUCCUUCAGAUGGUCUUCGGAAGGGGCAAGCUUUAAAUAAUUUAGGGAGUAUUUAUGUGGAUUGUGGUAAGCUGGAUCUGGCAGCAGAUUGCUACAUGAAUGCCCUUGACAUCAAGCAUACAAGAGCCCAUCAAGGGUUGGCACGUGUUUAUCAUCAAAAAAAUCAACAGCAAGCUGCAUAUGAUGAGAUGACCAAGCUAAUAGAGAAAGCACAAAAUAAUGCAUCAGCAUAUGAGAAACGGUCAGAAUAUUGUGACCAAGAAAUGGCAAAAUUUGAUCUUGAUACAGCAACGCAAUUGGAUCCACUGAGGACAUAUCCAUACAGAUACAGGGCAGCAGUUCUGAUGGAUGACCAAAAAGAAACUGAAGCCGUAGAAGAGCUUACAAAGGCCAUCUCUUUCAAGCCUGACUUACAAAUGCUUCAUCUUCGAGCAGCAUUUUACGAGUCAAUGGGGAACAUCACCUCUGCUCUCCAAGAUUGUCAGGCAGCACUCUGCUUGGACCCUGACCACAAGGAAACACUUGAUUUGUAUAAUCGAGCACAGGAUUGAGCUGUUAAUCGAAAACUUAAGCAAGACACCUUAUGUUCCAAAUGAAGUCAGUAUGUGGCUGACUUUGUCAGCUGUGGGGUAAAAAUCAUGGUAACUUUCCAUAUAUCCCAAUUAUUCCCUGGAAAUCAUGCUCUUGAUGAGCAUCCAGCUGCAAACUGACCAUUGCAAUGAUAUGGAAUUUGUCAUGAGGAAAAAUGAGCAAGGGAGUGGUAUGUAUAUAUAGAAUUUUGGAACUGAUAAUAAGGAAAGAGAAGAACAAGGAAUCCAUUAUGGGGAUUCUGCAAGAGGCCACAUAGACCACUCUGGUGAAAUUUGAUCAUGUAAAAAUGAUUCUAAAAGAUGUCCAUAUUAUCAAAUAGGGCAUGGGAUGAGCAUUGGAGGUUUAAUGCUAGUGGAAGUUUUUUGUAAUUCAAUUACACUAUAUGCAUCCCAAAUUGUCUCUUGAUGGAAGUAGGAAUUUCACAUUACAAUUCUUGUACAUAAACAAGAUUAUAGAAACAUCUGUGUCUUAUUUGUCAUAAUUUUUUUUUCUUUUUCUUUCAAAUAUAAGUGAUUGUUUUUUCAUGUCAUGGGAAGACUACAAAUGAUGCCUUAAUAUAA